AUGGUGAGCGUUGAAUCCUCCAUUGUCCUAACAGCUGUGGACUCGCAACAUGAAACACUUCUGGAAGUCUCCACACAAGAUCAUUGGAAUCCCGCCUAUACAGAUGAAGAGGAGCAAUAUCCUAGCUCUGCUGGCAGGGCACUAGUUACAAGUGAAAAUGAAAAACGUCAAGGACCAACCCAACAUCCACUAUUACACAGUGUUCAUUCUGGAUGGAUCAGUCAAGAACAAAAUCCUGCAUAUACCACUGGGAGUAUCGAACAACAUGAAUUUACCGUUGCAGGUGAAAAUGAUAUUGAAAAGGAAUCCUUUCAUACAGCUAUGGCCCCCAGCCAUGGGGCCAAACAGAACGACUCGGCGCAAGACCCAUUGGUGUAUCCAGGUUGGGACAAGGGAGAGGAUUAUGCCACACAACCUGCUAUAAUGGAUAGAAUUAUUCCUUCCAGAGAGAAUAAUCAUGAAAAAGAGUCUUCCACUACAGCAACACCUGUUGCCUCUCCUGACGGUGCCCACCACAAAGACCCAACUCAGCCACCUCUGCCUUCAGAUAAUGAACCAGGACAGGGCUCUGAAGGCACCACGCAUCCCACAGACGCCCCUGGGGAUGAGGUCUUCCACAGGACCACAGCUAGUAUGAACAAAGCUGGUGAUGACUCUCCUCUGACAGGUACCAUCACAGCCUCCACUGAUGUUCUGAAACCAGAAGAUAUAACCCAGGAAGCGUGGGCAUCUCACAUCAUGGUAACAGCUGUUGCCUCUCCUGACGGUGCCCACCACAAAGACCCACCUCAGGCACCUCCGCCUUCAGAUGAUGAACCAGGACAGGGCUCUGACGGCACCACGCAUCCCACAGACACCCCUGGGGCUGAGGUCUUCCACAGGACCACAGCUAGUAUGAACAAAGCUGGUGAUGACUCUCCUCUGACGGGUACCAUCACAGAGUCUGUGGAUGAUGUUAACCAAGAGAAAGCAACCAAGGAGCCACUGGCACCUGGCACUCCACCUGGAAGUGAAAGUGAACAAGCAAACACCACAGAUGGUUCCCAUGUCAGUUGGAUACCUGGAGUUUUUCCAGACAUUGAAGAUCAUCUUAACCAAUUGCAGACCCCUCUUCCUACUAGAUCUACCUCCAGUAUAUAUGGUAAUCAAGGACCACACAAGGGACAUUAUGAAUCCACUACUUUCCCUGGAGCGACCACAACAACAACAACAGUUUCACAACAAAGGUCGGCCCAGGUACCAGAAUGGCUGAUGAUAGUUGCAGCUCUUCUGGCACUUGCGUUGAUUCUUGCAGUGUGCAUUGCUGUUAAUAGUCGGAGAAGAUGUGGGCAGAAGAAAAAGCUAGUGAUUAACAAUGGCAAAGGGGCAGUGGAGGACAGGAAGACAAGUGGAUUAAAUGGAGAUGCCAGCAAAUCACAAGAAAUGGUGCACUUGGUUCAUAAAGAACAGUCAAAUGACCGAACAGGAGCAUGUGACGAACUUCUGACCGUUAAUGAAACACAAAAUCAUCAGGAGCUUGACAUGAAGAGUGGAGUGUAAUGGUACCAAGUUGCCAAGUAGAUCAGAGCUGGGGAAAUCAAAAUCACAUGGAACUUGGACAGGAAUUCACAGAUGCACUGUGCUACUGAUGUCUUUUGAACAUAAUUAAACUUAAGUUUUAUUCGUUUUUAAUCACUUCAAAAUGAUGUCUGAGUUACAGAAUUGACAUUUGCUUUCUGAAAUAAGCCCCCAAGAGUUUCACAAUGUUUUCAUUUCCCAGUUCCUGCACAGAGGACACUCACUGUGUCGUGGG